CGUCGACUUCCUAACCACGUGACUAAAUCAGCUGACUAGCCAAACACGGCCGUAGCUUUAGCAGUACUCACUCACCUCCGUUCCAGUGAGCGUGGCGACAUGGACCACCGUCGCGUGGACCGGGUGGGCCUCCUGUCCCCGCUGGAGGAGUCGAGCGCCGAGAUCAGCCGGGACAGCGGCAUCGUGUCGCAGAGCGCCAGCAGCCUGUCGAUGGUCAGCGACAUCCUCAGCAGUGGCACCGUGUCGCAGAGCCCCAGCUUCGGCGCGGCGGCCAACGUCGUCCCUUCGCCCAGUCCCAGCCUCCAUGAAGCGGCCGCUGCUGCCGUUGCGGCGGCGUCCCAACACGGGCUGGAACGGCACGACGAGGACCUGGUCCACACCGCCCUCACCUACUCCUCCUACGUGAGGGCGACAGCGGGAGAGGAGAUUCUGUGCUUCGAGAAAAGCCUGGAGGAAAUGCUGACCAGGGUGGACGAGUUUGUCGGCAUGCUGGACAUGAUUCGUAGCGACACGUCACAGAUCGUGAGCGAAAACCUACCUCAGAUCCAGCAGAAGUCUGAGGAAAUGAGAGAACUUUACAGACGCAUCGACAAAUUAGAGGGGUUCGUCAAGAUGGUGGGGGCCAAUGUCGGCGCCAUGGAGGUGCAGCUGAGCCAGGCCGAGGGGGAUCUGGCCACGCUUCCGGGCGCCUUCAAGAAGAUUCUCCGCACCAUGAGUGUGCCGGGCUUCUUAAAUAAACCAAACACCCCACGGAGAACGGCACAGCACCAGCAACAAAUUCCCCAAGUGUUCCGCACGGACGACUACAUCGUGACAUCGCCGCAGGCCGAGCAGUGACGCCACCGCCCAGGGGCGACGGCAACGCUUACCGCCCUCAGCCAAGCAAUAGCUGACUCUCUCCCUGACCGGUAAUCCGCUGGAGAACCCGCGAGGUGACACCGAACUGUAGCCACAAAGAAAACGAAAAAUAAUGUGAUUUUAUUUAAAAAAAAAAAAAAAAAAAGUGCCUGGAGGGUCUUGUUUUUCCUGCCGGUUGUUAGCUUUGUAACAAGCUUUACUCAUCUUCCAACGCGAGCUUUUUUUUUGUACAGUUUGUUGUGUUUGUUAUAAAAUAAAAUACAAAAAUCUGCAUGCCGUUGUACGUCCGUUUCCAAUCCGCGAGCAAUGUGGACCUAAAGUAUAAAAUGUCUUCCAUUUAAAAAAAAAAAUAAUAAUAAUUGUAUUUCUAGCUUACUGUUUCUUACCCGCUGUCUAUAUCAUAAAGCACGUCGACUUUAACCUUUGUUUAUCUUAAGAGUGAGACGGUGCCUGACUAUUUUUAGCGAGACUUGUGGACCUGACGGGUGUGACGUCGCCCACAUUGUUUAUCACAAUAAUCGCAACAAUGUCGGAUUAAUAAAAAGACGUUUCAGG